AUGUAUGUCAAAGAGAAAAUCUGGCCUGCGUUGAAAUCAAAGUUGUAUAGUUGUUUGGAUGCUCGGAACGGAGAUUUUUCGCAAAUAAGAAGUGCAGAGCUUGCGGAUCGAGUCGAAGUGUUUGUCUGUGAAAAUAUCGAAAGUGUGUAUUCUGAUUCGAUCGUGUUUGGCGAUGUUUGUGGAGAACUCCUUGAGUGGAUCAACGAGAAAUCGAAGGAAGGAGUGAUUCCUGCAUAUUGUGAGAAACUGUUAGAGAAAGCGGGCAAAUUCAAUUUUGAUGUGGUUGCCCAAAUGCUGAUCGAAUUGGAUCCAGACCAAUAUGCUGCAUUUGUGAAGAAACAGAGACAAGGAUGCGUACGCUAUCGGAAGAUCGUGAAUGUUCAGCACAAUACCAUCAAUUCGAUAUUCGUCGAGUCAUUGAUACGAGCUAUUUCUUUCACUGUUUGUUUGACAAGUUGUCAUUUGUUGUUUGUUUUGCAUGUUGUCGAUAUAUUCUCUCUCUGUGGUAUCCUUUGUAAUCCAUAUUGCUUUCAUUUGUAUUGGAGACUACUGCGACAAAACAUGUAG